AUUUUUAAGCCUAUUUUUCCACCCACUUAUUAUUUCCUUUGCGUUUCUCUCUCUCUCUCUCUCUCUCUCUCUCUCUCAUUUGCAUUUCCAAAUCUCGCAACAACACAACCCUUCUUCUUCUUCUUCUUCUUUGAUUGUUUAGGGGCGUUCUUGAAUCAUUUGGUGUGGUUUGGGGAAUGGUGGAGUGGAGAUGGAGUUCUGGCCGGAGUUCUUGGCGAGUAGUUGGGGCAUGGAGUUCAUUGCCGGAGGACUUGGAGGUGUGGCUGGUGUCAUCGCUGGACAUCCACUUGAUACGCUUCGCAUACGCCUUCAGCAACCGCCGCCACCGGCUUACUCUUCCUUGCGAAACCAGCGACCUCGCCCAAUCUCCGCUCCUGCGCUUCUCCGGAGGAUCAUCUCGUCUGAAGGCCCUGCCGCGCUUUACCGUGGCAUGGCUGCCCCUGUCGCCUCUGUUGCCUUUCAGAAUGCCGUUGUCUUCCAAGUUUACGCAGUCCUCUCAAGAGCUUUUGAUUCAAACAUAAAUGAACCUCCUUCAUACAAAAGUGUGGCACUUGCUGGAGUAGGAACAGGAGCUUUGCAGAGUAUGAUGCUAAGCCCAGUGGAGCUAAUAAAAAUACGACUGCAACUACAAAUGGCCGGCAAUCGACACCAUCCAAACAAGAGAGAAGGGCCUCUAGAAAUUGCCAAGAAAAUCCUUCGAAAAGAAGGAGUUCGAGGUAUAUACCGUGGCCUACUGAUCACCGUCUUACGUGACGCACCUGCACAUGGAGUUUAUUUCUUGAGUUAUGAGCGAGCACGAGAACAACUCCACCCAGGCUGUCGUAAGAGUGGCCAAGAAAGCCUGAUGACAAUGCUUGUUGCCGGUGGCUUAGCUGGUGUAGCUAGUUGGGUUGUAUGCUACCCUUUAGAUGUCAUGAAGUCCAGACUCCAAGCACAAUCAGAGAGUUCCAGUGAGGGAAUUCCCCCGCGAUACCGCGGUGUGAUCGAUUGUUUUCGGAAGAGUGUAGAAGAAGAAGGGUAUGCGGUGCUGUGGCGUGGACUUGGGACUGCCGUCUCACGGGCAUUUCUCGUCAAUGGAGCCAUCUUCACUGCUUAUGAAUUAGCUCUAAGGUUCUUGGUUAACAACACUCAUCAAAUCAGAUUAGAAGAGAACUGAUGCUGAGGGGGCAGAAUACUGCAUUGUUUUGGUGAUUGUGAUUGGAGAUGUGCUCGAACUCAAUCUCCUUUUUUCAUCGUCUCUGUUGAUGCAAAAGACGAUGAUCCUGUGCUUUGUGAUUAGAUAUUGUGAUUCAUCUUUGAUGCUGUGAUGCAGUGCAGGUGAUGGGUUCAACAAAUAGAGAAAUUAAGGUUUUACAUCCUUUGAAUUGCAUGAACUUUUAUGUGAAGAUUGUUGUAUUAGUAACAUGAUCAAAACAUUCAUAAAAAGAGGAUUGGAUGGAAUCUUAUUGCAUUACAAGUCCUGUGAUGUAUAGAGAGAAUGAUUGAUCUUUCAA